CAUGGAGCACGACGGCCAAGGCAACCGCUGCGGGGACGAAACGGCGAUGGGAAGCGUGAUGGCUCCUCUGGUGCAGGCGGCCUUCCAUCGAUAUCACUGGUCCAUGUGCAGCGGACAAGAGCUGAAGAGAUACAUCCACACGUAUGACUGUCUCUUGGAUGACCCCUUUAAACAUGAUUGGCCGCAGCUUCCUGAACUUCCUGGCAUCAACUACUCGAUGGAUGAGCAGUGUCGGUUCGACUUUGGUGUGGGCUAUAAGAUCUGCACUUCAGUGA